AUGGAGUUCAGUGAAUGUUACAAGCAAACCGGUCCUUGUUCUUUCUCUCCUAAUGCCCGUUUCUUAGCCGUCGCUGUCGAUUAUCGUCUGGUCAUUCGUGAUACCAUCUCUUUUAAGGUCGUUCAAUUGUUUUCAUGCUUGGACAAGAUUACCUAUAUUGAAUGGGCCCUUGAUUCCGAGUACAUUCUUUGUGGCCUCUAUAAAAAGCCUAUGAUACAGGCUUGGUCACUCGCCCAGCCAGAGUGGACAUGCAAGAUAGACGAAGGUCUUGCUGGUAUUGCAUAUGCUAGGUGGAGCCCUGAUAGUCGUCACAUACUUACCACAUCAGAUUUUCAGUUGAGGUUAACAGUUUGGUCACUCGUGAACACCGCUUGCGUGCACCUGCAGUUGCCAAAGCAUGCUUCCAAGGGGGUUUCCUUUACCAAAGACGGAAAAUUCGCAGCCAUUUGCACAAGGCGUGAUUGCAAGGACUAUGUAAAUCUGUUAUCUUGUCACUCCUGGGAAAUAAUGGGCAUGUUUGCUCUAGAUACUCUAGACUUGGCUGAUGUCGAAUGGUCACCUGACGAUAGUUCUAUACUGAUAUGGGAUUCGCCUCUUGAUUACAAGGUCCUAAUCUAUUCGCCAGACGGUAGGUGUCUUUUCAAGUAUGUAGCAUAUGAAAGCGGAUUAGGAGUUAAAAGUGUGUCGUGGUCUCCUUGUGAGUUUAUGCACCCAUAUGCUGUCCGUGGCCCUUGUCAUGCUGCUGUUUUCAAGGAAGUAGAUGAGCCUCUACAACUUGACAUGUCCGAGCUAUGUUUGAGUGAUGAUUUUUCUCAAGGAAACGAUGAUUCUUCAGAACGAGCUAAUACAGUUAGGUACGAGGUUAUGGAAGUUCCAAUCAAUUUACCAUUCCAGAAGCCUCUUGCCGAGAAACCUAAUCCCAAACAAGGAGUUGGCAUUUUGUCAUGGAGCAACGAUAGCCAAUAUAUAUGCACUCGCAAUGACAGUAUGCCUACAGUGCUUUGGGUAUGGAAUAUCCGACAACUUGAGCUUACUGCAAUCUUAGUGCAGAAGGACCCUGUCAGAGUGGCAGCUUGGGACCCGACAUACACUCGCCUUGUUUUUUGCACCGGAAGCACGCACUUGUACAUGUGGACCCCGUCUGGUGCAUUUUGUGUUCGUGUUCCUCUACCGCAAUUUUCAAUUACGGACCUAAAGUGGAAUUCUGAUGGCAGUUGUCUGCUCCUUAAGGAUAAGGAGACAUUCUGCUGUGCUGUUGUACCCUUACUGCCAGAAUCUAGUGAAUACAGCUCAGAUGAAUGA